CGGAGCUGAACUCCCGCCACAAACUGAAAGCACCACGGAGGGUUAGCUGCUAGCUAGUAAACAGACACGAUGGCUUCGCGUCGAAGGGCCAAAAAGGCGACACACUUUGAGACUGUCAACAGAUGGUGUCUGGAUUUUUAUGUGGCAGAAGCCCUCGACGCUUUUCGGGAUGAUGAAUACAGGCAGUUUUCCCAAAUUAGAGACCAUCUUCAAAGUUUGUUGGAGAUGCCGAUAGAGGCCAACAGUAGCUUACCCAUGAAGUUAUUAAUCAUACAGUUUUUGUCUCGAAUAUAUGACGGCGACAAACUUGGGAUUGAGUUUGAGUUGGACUCUGUUACUCCGCUUGAGUCAGCCAUGAACGUUUUGGAGAAAAUCUGUGCUGAGGUUGAGGUGCCACAGUCAGAUUUGGAGAGAGUCCACACAUCACUGAGAGAGAUGGUUGUUGUCGUUUGCAUCAAAAGUAAAGACUUUAAAAAAGCUAAGGAGAUGCUGGAAAAACACUUCCCUACGAGGAAAAAUCCAGUGGGCAAGGCUAAGCUGUUGUCAGACCUGGUGCAGAGGAAAUAUAGCACCCACCCCACACUGGAGCAACCGUCCUACAGCCAGUUCAGGCAGAACAUGCUGGACUUCAUCGAGAGAGUGUACACUAUGCCUCAGCCUUUUCUAUCAAUGAUUGUUCGGAAGAGGAAUGAAAUGGUUGAGGAAUCGCAGAUCAUCAAGAGAAGGUCACGGAGGUUAGAGUACGGAACCCAGACAGAGAACCACAUUGACCUCACAUCUGAGCCACGCCAAGAGCAAGAUGCACCAGAGCAUAGCUCCUCCGUUUCUGCAGACGCCCGUCUGGGAUACGUGACCUUACAGGUGCUGAGGCAGGUCUACGAGAGUCAGGCCCAGAAACUGGGCCUUAAUGUGCCCUUCUCCACACUAAUGGAGGAGGUCUACAAGGAGGCCGAAGAGGAGGCCCAAAAGGAAGCACAGGGUGGGCAACAACAACAGCAACAACAACAGCAGCAGCAAGUGGUUGAGGUGGAGGUGGUGGAGAUUCAGAAGGACGUAAAUCCUAAGGAGAACGUUCCGGAGAAGACUCCUGCUGUUGGGGAGGAGGUGUGUGUGGAAGCGACGGAGUCAGACACGCAAGCUGAGGAUGAGGAGGAAGAGGAGAAACGGGAGACGGAUAGUCUGCACCUCCACCUCUCUGAGACUCCGCAGGAGGACUUCGAAAAGGAAGAGGUGGUGGCACAACACAAUGGUGCGGCGGAGGAGGAGGAGGAGGAGGAGGCGGCCAUGGAGGAGGAGGAGCAGGAGGAGGAGCCGGACAGAGGGAAAGAUGCGGAUGAGGGGGAUGAGUCCAUUGAAGUGGAGCAGAAGGAGUCCAAGUCAGUCAGAGAAAAGGAGGAGGAAGAGUCGGUCUUGGUAAACGCAGAGAGAGACGUGAGUGACGACGAUGCAGUGGUGCCUGCCGUCUCGCCACCACAUCCUUCGUCUUCCGACACGGACAAUCUGUUCUCGCAGGCGGAGUCGCCCAGCCUCCUGGCUCAACCCAAGCGCCUCACCCGCUCCCGAUGCCGGGAUGACCCCCCAGCAGCCCACAGCGACAUCACUUCCCCUUCCCCUCCCCCUUCCUCGAAUCCACAAACACCCACGUCAAAAUCCCCAGACCCCGCUGAGCACGCCAAGCCUGCAGUGAACGUGAUCGGAGGCUCUUUGCUGUCACGUAUAAUCGGUGGACGCUACUGCAAGGUAACUAUGCCACAGCUGAUCAUGCUUCCCGACAGCCAACCAGUGACCUAUCAGUCGGAGAAGCUCUCGACCUCUGACCCUGACUCCGCUGCCGAGAACUCCAUGCUAGAUGAGCCCCUGUUGCCAUCCGAGCUGGAGGAGAACAUCAGAACGCCGCCGCUGUCGUCGACACCGGACAGAGAGGAGCGCAGGGGUCGCGGGCGACUGAGGGACUCGCUCCUUAACAGGCGUUCAAAGGAGUCUCCCCCUGACACUCCCAACAGGGGCUCUUCCAGUGCCACCAGGAACUCUAGGGACAAAGGCUUUGUCACACCUAGUCGGAGCACCUCCGGUGCCACUAGCAGACGGGCGGAGGAGUUGGGUUCUGGCACACCGAGUAGUUCUAAUACCCCAGGGUGUCAGAAGGACCCCAUUCCUGACACACCGACAAGGGGCAGCGGGGCUGGUGCCAAGCGUCGGAAAGGGUUGCUGCCAACCACCCCUGGUAGGCCAGGACCCGGGAGCGCCCUGCGCCCAAACAACAGCUCCACAGACGAAGGUCCGCAGGACUUCUCGCUGUCCAGUUCGCCACCCAACAGGAAACGGCGGAAGGAGCUAACCAUGAGCAAGAUGAUGAACGUCACAGCAACCAGGGAGGAGUGGAGCGACGAGGAUUCACUUUUCAGCAGCACCAGGAAAACUGAUGUGACUAAAAGCAAUGGAAGGAAAAGGAUGUGGACGGAGGAGGAGACUCGCUGGGUGAAGGAGGGCGUGGAGCGUUUCGGCGUGGGGAAUUGGGCGAAGAUCCGUGAGGCAUUCCCGUUUGAGGGGCGCACGUCGGUCAACAUCAAAGACCGCUGGCGAACCAUGAAGAGUAAUGGAACUGUCUAAAGGAACGUCAGAGUGCCACUUCUCGGAAGGGACUGAACUAUGAAUGUGUACAUUUGUUUUCUUGUGGUUUAUUUUUUUUUUUUUUUGUAAUGCAAAAGUAGUUGUCAUGUCAUGUGACCGACAUUACAUUUGUAUGACAGACUUGGUGGGGAAGGAUCAAGCCAUCAUUUUGUCAUUCUCUUUAAAGUAAAAAAGAAAAAUUGUAAAUAUGUUUUAUGUUUGCACUAAAACACUUAAAAUGUUUCAUGUUCUUGACGCUUGGCAGCAUAUUUCUUAGGCUGUGAGAGAUUAAAGGGUAUUUUUGACAAGU